AUGUUUCCCUUGUACCUUCCAGUCACUCGAUUGGAGGCUACUGGCCUGCUGAGGAAAGAAGCAACUCAUUACGCGAAGUCUUGCCUUCUAUCUGAUAAGGGAGUGCAUCUAUGGGGCGGUACCUCUGCUCCUCGAACAAAGCCUAUCCAGCAGCCAACAAAGACUGUGCUGCAGCUUCUAGAUCGUAGCUCCCGCCCUGAUGCAAUGGAUGCUCCGAUUAGGAUGGAGCCACAGGAAGACCAACUAACCAGGGAGCGUCCUGCAUACGCAAGGCGGUUUAUGUUAAACCGAAAUGAAACCAACGAUCCAAUUUUCUGUCGCCCUUCUAUUGACGGAGGGCUGACUCCCUUUGUCCCCGUCAGUGAGGAGCUGAAAGAACUAUCUCAUUUUGUGUUGCCUUCGUUACCACUUGGGCUUCGUCCACUCAGUCCUGAACCGCGCAGUCUGCUUCUGAAUGCCCCGAAAAAGCGUCGCAUUUCUCCUCCCAGUUGCUACUCAAGCGUCUUCGACUUAUCGUGUUUUGGUCGUGUGUUGAAGCCCUACAAAUUAAAGAACCUCACACAGAAACGUUCUGUCUGCCGCGUUCUAAGAUUUGGCGAAUGA